AUGCAUUUGGCAACCCUUGUCUGUUUCUGUAUCUCCGCUGCCAGCGCUGUGAAGCACUAUGGCAUGAUACCCUCAGAGGAGGCGCACAGCACGAUUGAGGAGCACGCUAAAAAAUUAUUGGACAAUGAUAUGAGGCUCGUCUCUGUAUUUACGACAGACAACCAUCAUGCCCAUGAUGGAUCUGAUUUUCUGUCAUCUGAGAUGGGUAUCUUCAAUAAGACGGUCUCCGACAUUUUUACCUUGUCUACCCACGGUUCCAGGGGAAGUGCCAUCGAAGCCAGGGCUCCUGUGAAUGGCCAAUGUCAGGGCCAUGGUCAAAUUCAAGAUAAUCUGAGCGAGUUUCAGAUUGAUAUGGUGUGUGGUGCCAUAAGCCAAGCUGCAGCUGGCAGUGUGCACACAAUCAUUUCGGUUAUUGAGAGCAAGAUGUGCACUGAAGCUGGUACUGGUCAUCCACUACCAUCCUGCGAGACUGUUGUUGGGUUCUUCAAAGUUUCUGGUGCUGGCUUUACUGGCGUCGAGGUCAACAAGUAUUGCCCCAAUUUCCUAAGUCUCUUUGUAGGGUGCAAAGGCUCCAAUUACGAGGCCUAUGCAGAGAACAAAAAUGUCGAGAUGACUGCAUUUAACACUCAGAAGGAUUACAACUGUGACAACGCUGAUAAGACUGAUGCGAAAUGUAUUGAGUCAACUGCGGGCUAA